GCUACUGACAACCCUGAAGAGAGAAAGAGAGAGAGAGAGAGUGAGAGAGAUUUGAAUUGCGUACUAGAGAUGGCGGCGGUAGAGUCGGAUUUCGGAGCUUUCACGGAGAAAUUCGUACUAAGUCCUCCAUCGACUGAUUCUACUCAACAGCUCCCACUGAACGGCCUCACUUUCGCCAUCAAAGACAUAUUUGAUCUUGAAGGAUACGUGACUGGAAAUGGUAAUCCAGAUUGGGCCAGGACCCACUUGCCUGCCGUUUCAACGGCUCCAGCUGUUUUAGCUGUCUUGAACGCUGGUGCCACAUCUGUUGGAAAAACUGUCAUGGAUGAAAUGGCCUACAGUCUAUUUGGAGAAAACACACACUAUGGAACACCUGUUAAUCCAUGUGCACCAGAUCGGAUACCUGGAGGAUCUUCAAGUGGAUCUGCUGUAGCAGUGGCAGCGAAGCUUGUAGAUUUCUCCUUAGGAACUGACACUGGAGGAAGUGUAAGAGCCCCUGCAGCAUUCUGUGGAAUUUAUGGGUUUCGGCCUUCACAUGUAAUUGUUCCUACUAGGGGUGUUAUUCCUAUGGCACAGAGCUUUGAUACAGUUGGAUGGUUUGCAAGGGAUCCUGUGAUCUUGAAUCAAGUAGGGCGUGUUUUACAGCAAUUGCCUAAUGUGGAGACGGUACAACCAAGCCACAUUAUUGUUCCGGAUGAUUGUUUCCAACUUCUGAGCAUUCCCAGUGAUCGUGUGACUCAGGUUCUUCUUAAGUCUAUUGAAAAGUUGUUUGGAGGUCAAAGUAUUAGGCAUACAAACCUUGGUGAUUACGUUAAGGAUAAAGUUCCUAGUUUGAAGCAUUUUAUGGGUGAAGGCAAUGAUCAACUAGAGUAUAAUAUACCAUCAUUAGUUGCCAUUUCAAGAGCCAUGAGGUUGCUUCAGAGGUACGAGUUCAAGAUAAACCAUGAAGAAUGGAUCAGUUCAGUUAAACCUCAUUUUGGUCCGUUCAUAUCAGAACGCGUACAGGAAUCCCUUAUGGCAACAAGUGAAAACAUUGACAUCUUUCAUACGGUUAGGAAUGAACUCCGUGCUGCUCUUAAUGACCUGCUUGAGGAAUUUGGUGUACUUGCUAUUCCUACAGUUCCUGGGCCUCCAUUGAAGUUGCAAACAGAGAAUGUUACACUUGAAAAUUUUCGUGCUAGAGCAGCCAGCUUGCUGUCUAUCGCUGGAGUUUCUGGGUUUUGCCAGGUGAAUAUACCUCUGGGAAUGUAUGAUAACCUUCCGGUGGCAGUGUCUCUGUUGGCCAAGCAUGGUGCAGAUGGUUUUUUAUUGAAUCUUGUUGAGAACCUUGAUGGUUCUUUGAAGGAACAGAUUGAAAUUGCUCAAAGAAUGAGUUUCUAAAGUUGUCUCUUUGUACAAUUCAAGAUUAUUGAUUCAGAUAAAGCCAAGAGAUGCACACUAUCAUGCCUGUUGAUGAGACUGAAGACACCCUUUUAGCGAAAGAAUAGAGGCAGCCAACUCGCUAAGUGAAUCUCCAAUUUGUAGGUACUUGUGCCAUGGAUGGGAGAACCCAAACUUGCCAUGCCAUGGUUCCCACCUUGCAAAAUUUGCCUGGAAAAUGAAAAAACAAUUGCCAUGUCAUUUGUUCGUUGUUUUGAAUAGUAGUUUUGUAAUGAAAAGAGAACAUAAUUAAGUUUUACAGGUUGAAGUUCAAAUAAUGAAAGCGAACAUAAUAAAGUUCUACAGGCUGAAAUUCAAAAUGUAUCUGAUUCACAUGAAAUAAAAUCCAGAGUAGCAAGAAUUGAAGAGGCUGCUGGUUAAGUACUAAUGCUUCUUGUAGUUGUAGGAGAGUUUAAAAUUCAGAUAUUCAUAGAUACCAGUGAUUCAUCUGUGGACUUUGAGUGGAGCACUGAUUUGCAAGCAUUGAAACUGGUUUCAGAUUGA